AUGGUUAAGAAAAUGCAAGCAGGCAUGGAUCCUAAAGACCCAAAAGCUAAAGAAGCUAUGGAACAUAUGCAGAAGAUGAAGCCACUGUACGAGAAGCAUGACUUUUGGGACACCCAACCUGUUCCUAAUCUUUCAGGAGCUUUUACUGAAGGAGAAAUUGAGAAAGGAGUUUUGGAAGAAGUCAAACAAGAGUCUUACUCUUUGCCACCAGGCUUUGAGUGGUACGAUAUUGACCUUGAGGAUGAAGAACAGCUCAAUGACGUUUAUGAACUCCUUAGAGACCAUUAUGUUGAAGAUUCUGACCACAUGUUUAGAUUUGACUACCAGAAAGAAUUUUUAAAAUGGGCACUUCUUCCUCCAAAACAAAAUUCAGAUUGGAUUCUCGGAGUCAGAGGCGGAAAGAAGAAUAAAUUGUUUGGUUUCAUUACAGGCAUCCCAGUAAAAUUGAGAAUCAAAGGAAAAAUGGUAAAGAUGGUAGAAAUCAAUUUCCUCUGCGUUCAUGCUAAACUCAGAGACAUGAGAGUUGCUCCAGUCUUGAUUAAAGAAAUUACAAGAAGAACCCACAUUAAAGACAUGUGGCAAGCUAUUUAUACAGCUGGAAAAGUAUUACCAAAGCCUUUCACCGAGUGUACUUAUUACCAUAGAAAUAUCAACACCAAGAAAUUAUUAGAAGUUGGUUUUGCUGGAGUCCCCCCAGGCAGAUCAAAAUCUGCUCACAUCAAGCUCUUAAGUCUUCCAAAGAAUGACAUCAUUGAGAAUGUUCGUCAAAUGGAAAGAAGGGAUGUGAAGCAAGUUCAAGCUUUGUUAGAUGAGUAUCUCAAGAAUUUCAGUCUUUCGUUCCAUUUCAACAAGGAAGAGGUCCUUCAUUUCAUGCUUCCUCGUGAUAAUGUGGUCUACUCAUAUGUUGUAGAGGAUCCAGAUACCAAGAGGAUCACUGAUUUUAUUUCUUACUACAGCUUACCAUCCACAUGUCUCAAGAGUGAGAAGCAUAAGGCAGUUUACGCUGCAUUCAGCUACUACAUGGUUCCAAAGAAGCACACUAUUAAGGAGUUAAUGAGACAGGCCUUGAUCCUGGCCAAGAGAGAUAAAUUUGAUGUUUUCAACGCUCUUGAUAUUAUGGACAAUAAGGAAGUAUUCGAAGACCUCCACUUCGGCCAAGGUAAUGGAAACCUCUACUACUACCUCUAUAACUGGUAUAUCAAUGAUGUCAGUACUGACAAGGUAGGAAUUGUUUUGGUCUAG